AUGGAUGAGGAUGUCGGCGGGGAUGCGGAGGUUGGUGAAGAUGUAGAUAGAUUGAAUAUAGGUAAAGAUGGUGGUGGGGAUGGUGGUAAUGAUCAAGUGGGCCUGAAUUCAAUGGAAGUGGAUGACGACACCUUUGUUCUAGGCCCGCGCGAUGUUGGGUUGAUUGAAGGCAUGAGUAAAACUCCUUCCAUCAAAAGAAUAGUUCUCUCGAGAUCUCAGCAUGAAAACGUUAAAAGAGUUGGUGUGAGAGAGCAGCAGUUGAUCAGUGGUCCAAAACUAGUCAUAAACCAGGCGUUUUUAUUUUCUUUCUUUUUCUUUUCUUCCAUCCUCCGCUCCCCCUCCUCCCCCGACCCCCUCCUCGACCUCUCCGACUACCUCCAAACCCUAACCCUGACCCUCACCCCCUCCGAAUCCUCCGAGAUCCUCAAAACCCUAACCUCCCCUCACCAAGCCCUCACCUUCUUCCACUUCUGCAGAUCCCUGCCCGGGUUCAAGCACGACUGCUUCACUUACAACCGUCUCCUCUCGAUCCUGUCGAAAUCGAACCGGGUGGAUUCUGAUCAUAUUAUGAAGAUCGUGGAGGAGAUGGAGAGGGACGGGGUUAGGGGGAACGUCUCGACGCUGAAUAUAUUGAUCGGGAUUGUGGGGGCGGGGGAGGUCGAGAGGUGCUUGGAGUUGAAGAGGAAGUGGGGGCUGAGGUUUAAUGGGUAUACCUACAAGUGCUUGUUGCAGGCUUAUUUGAGGUGCAGGGACGUGGAGAAGGCGGUUAGGGUUUAUGAGGAGAUGAGGAGGAGAGGCUACAUGUUGGAUAUAUUUGCUUACAAUAUGUUGCUCGACGCCUUGUCGAAAGCUAACAAGGUUGAUGAAGCUUACAAGGUUGUUGCAGAUAUGAGACGCAAAUUUUGUGAACCAGAUGCAUAUACAUACACAAUUCUAAUCAGAAUGGCAGGAAAAACAGGGAAAAAAGAUGAAGUCCUCUCUUUCUUGGAGGAGAUGAUAAGAAAAGGUCACAGUCUGAACUUGAUUGCUUAUAACACUACGAUUGAGGCACUUGCGAAGAAUAAGAUGGUGGAUAAAGCUCUCUUUCUUUUCACCAAGAUGAUUGACAAUAAUUGUCGGCCCAAUGAGUUUACAUAUAGUGUUAUUUUGGAUGUUUUAGCAGCAGAAGGAAAAUUAGAUAGAUUACAUGAGGUUGUGGAAAUAUCAAAUAAAUAUGUUACAAAGUCCAUAUAUGCUUUUUUAGUGAAGACGUUAAGUAAAUUAGGUCAUGCAAGUGAAGCCCAUACCUUAUUUUGUAAAAUGUGGAGGUAUCAUGAUGGAGAUAAAGAUGCUUAUAUUUCUAUGCUAGAAACUCUUUGUAAUGCAGAAAAGAUGACAGAGGCAUUAGAUCUGCUAAAUCAGAUUCAUGAAAAAGGGAUAUCUAAUGAUACUGUUAUGUACAACAUGGUUUUUUCUGCACUUGGUAAGAUGAAGCAAAUAUCACAUAUCAGUACUCUAUAUGAACAAAUGAAGCAGAAUGGUCUUCCACCAGAUAUAUUUACUUUCAACAUUCUCAUAUCAAGCUUCGGUAAAGUUGGUUUAACUGACAAAGCUACUGAACUCUUUGAAGAAAUGGAGAGUAGUGAUUGUAAACCUGAUGUAAUCACUUAUAACUCGUUGAUAAACUGUCUUGGAAAAAAUGGAGACGUGGAUGAAGCUCACAUGCGAUUUAAGGAGAUGCAAGAGAAGGGGCUGAAUCCAGAUGUUAUCACUUACAGUACUCUAAUUGAAUGCUUUGGUAAAUCAAAUAAGGUGGAGAUGGCUUGCAGGUUAUUUGAUGAGAUGCUCUCUGUGGGAUGCUCCCCUAACAUUGUUACCUACAACAUUUUGCUUGAUUGUCUUGAAAAAUACGGUAAAGUGGAAGAAGCAUUUGAGCUAUAUUCUACUCUGAAGCAACAGGGGGUGACUCCAGAUGCUAUAACAUAUUCAGUACUUGAAAAGUUAGAAUAUGGAACCCAUAGAGCAGUCCGCACACGCAGGCAAAGUCGAAUAGCUGGUUGGGUUGUGAGCCCCUUAAGGUGAUUAAGGUAAGUGGUAGACUUAUGGAUAAUGCUCAAGGUGAUAGGGCAGUUAUUCUCUACUGAUCAUUAUGAAUCCAAGAAGGAUGUUAGCAGGGUUGCUACUGUCAUUAUAUUGUAAAUUAAAAAGAAAAGCCAGUGCAAGAGGCCAUGGAGCUCCAAACCUCAGCCCUGUUUGCUGGAUCUGCAGAGGGUCAGAUCUACACGGCUUACCACACAGCCAGGACAGAGGGUCCAGUGACUUGAAUUUUUAACUUCCAUGCAUGGAGCAUCCUUUCUCGUGCCAAAUUUUGCAAUCAUUGAGAUAUCACUAACGAGAGCAUUGCAUUACCAGGUCAAAUUUGGCUGGUGACAGAAAUCAUGAACAAUUGCCAUCUCGGUUCCAAUAUAUUUGAGUUGUUCGUCAAUUUUUGCCUUUUUAUUGGAAAUCAAAGGCUGUAGCUGUCCGUUUUAUUCUUAACAAGUGCUUUUCUAAUACCAAAAAGUGCUAAAAAAAAUUACUGAUGCAGACACGGGAAAAAAAAGAGAUUGAGCUGAGGUUUCAGAAUGUACUCUUAAUGAAAAGUAGAUUUGUCAAGCCUCCUAUGUUCGCCUUUCUUCGGUCGUCCCAACAUCACUUUUGUUUAUCUUAUUAACCUGGAAAAGGUUCGGGUUAAUAAUUCUUCUCAAAUUUUCAUCAACAGUCUUCCAUCCACUGUUUAAAAGCGAGUAAGCAUACCUGGUAUGCCGAGUGGAAGGGAGUAUUUUGGUUCCUAAUGUGCGGCUUACUGGCAUUUCCUUUUAAUAAGUAGCUGUUCACCGGCACUAUCUGCUUGAGCAAGCAAAUCCUGCCUGCAUUGAAGCCGCUCUAAUGCUCGUUGCAAGGUUGCAGUAUCCUGAGGGAGCCAAAUUUAAAGCCCACUUAGAAGUGAUUUCAGGUGCAAGAUCAAUAGUCAACAUACAUGUAGCUCUUAUUUUGUGGGACUAUAUGCAAACCACAUUUGCCGGAGUUAAAUUGCUCGUUACAAGAAUUUCUGGUGCCCCUAAUAAGAUCUGUAAAUUUGGAGAAAAGCUCGAGUGAGUAGAAAUUAUGACUGACCUUCUAUCAUUCUUUUAUGUAUUUCUUGGUAAAUAAUAGUAGUUUUUCACUGUUUUUUUUUCA